GGUUGAUUGAUGAUGAUUUAUAGCAGGAAGAGUAAAAAGAGGAGGCGACUCCGACUCACAAUAACAGUUUCUUUCCUCACUCCGACUCCCAACAAUUUCUCAACUCUUUUUUUUUUUCUUUUUCUUUCACUCAUUCAACACAACACAACACAACACAAAGUUUUAAUUAUGAUGAUAUCUCAAAAUUAGGAUUCAAUUCAAUUGAAUUCAUCAGCAUUGUAAUUAACUUUCUUCAGAUUCAAUUCUCACCAUGAUGAAAAAACAGAGAAAAUCAUCUUCAUCUUCACCACUCUGGUCAGAAUCUGAGAUAGAAAUCGCCGAAAUCAUUCGUGAUUUAUACUGUAUCUCUUUGUUAAGCAGUAUACCAUUCACUUGGGGAUGCAAAAGAAAGAGAUCCGCAAUUCAAAACACUCCUUCCGCCGCCCUUCUACCUCGUCCUUCAAAAACCAUCGCCGUCAAAACUGAAGCUCCGAGUCCUGAAACCCCUCUUUCGUUUCCAGCUACUGAAUCAGAUGAUAAACCUAAACAUUCAAAAAAGAAAACUUCUCUCAAAAAGGAAAAAGAUGAGUCUCUUCAAACUAUACAAAAGUUGACUAAAUCCAAAUCAUCACUCAAUCAAGAGAUAGAAAAAGUGCAACAACACUAUGAUCGGCUGAUGAGUAUCAAUUUGAAGUUGAAAGUAAGGAAGCAACAGCUACUAUGUAAUAAUAGUAAAGAACCCAAAAGUGAAUUGAAAACCCUCAAUUUGGAAAUUGACCAGAAACUGAAAGUGCAGUUGGAAAAUCAAUCAAAUGGUUCAGUCAACCUUUCAAAAUCAACGGCUGAAAAUGAAGAGCACGGUAAGAAUCAGCAACACCAACAGCAACUAAUUCAAAUGUUUCCCAGUCAUGAAACGGUGUCGUUGGCAGUGGCAUCUUCUUCUUCUUCUCCUUCUUCUGUUACAUUGGGCCGUACAAUGAAUAAUGGCCCAAUAGCUCUUCCUGAUCUGAACUUACCAACGGAAGAGUUGAUGAACGUGGCCUCUUUUCAACCGUUUGAUGAAGCAACUACAUCAGAUAGAGCUAUUGUAGCGGCUCAGGCUAGGCAUAGAAGACUUGAGAUUUUUAGGUUAAAGAAACCUUUUGGAAACAAUAGCAAACAACAUCAAUGUUGAUGUUUAUUUUAUUUCAUUUUUGUUUAAUCUCUUUUUUAGAAAUUCAAAGGUGGAUAUUGGUUAUUACUAGUUAGUACUAGUUACUAGUAUUUGCUUGGUGGCAAAGGAAAUUUUUUUGUGCAGUUUAAAACUAUUGUUAUUGUGGUUACUGAAGUGGUAAGUACAUAUUUAAGGAUAUAUGGUUGGUGGAAUUAUGUCAAAAAUUAUUUUUGGAGAAAAUCUUAUAAUAACGUUUUGAGAUUCCUAAUUUUGUGAAAA